AUGGUUUGCGGCGCAUUCCCAGAAAAUCCAAUAACAAAAGAUGUCAAUUCACAAACUGUUCUUGUUGAUACGUUAGCGCUCCCAAAUGCCAACGUGUCAUCACAAGAGCAACUUGUUUCUUUUUCUAAUUAUACUUUCUCUUGUGCACAUACUACUCUUCUUAAACGCUUACCAAAAGGUGUCACCGGUUUAGCUUCGUUAGGUCGGUCCAAAGUCUCGAUCCAAGCCCAAAUUAGUUCGACUUUUUCCACUCCUAAUUGCCUUGCAAUUUGCUUUCCCGGUUUACCAAAAUCAACCGGGGUCGCUUUCUUUGGUUCACGUGGACCAUACUAUGCUUUUCCUCGAUCCGGUAAAAUUGACCUUGCAAAAUUUCUUAUUUACACUCCACUUAUUGAAAAUCCAAUCGGUUCAGGAGAUACUGUGAUUACCUACGUAAACAAACCAUCCAAUGAGUAUUUCAUUGGGUUGACUUCUAUCAGAGUCAACGGUAACAAGCAAGUUCCAAUCAAUAGUUCUCUACUAACUAUCAACAAGGAAAACGGUUUUGGUGGAACCAAGAUUAGUAGUCAUGUUCCAUACACUCUUCUAGAGUCUUCUAUUCACAAAGCCUUCACAGAAUUGUUUGUAAAAGAAGCAAGUUCUUCUAGUUUCAACCUUACAAUAAUAUCUAAUCCGGUAAAACCAUUUAGUGUGUGCUACUCUGCGGAAAGGGUCACGGUAACAAAUGGUGGUCCAGUGGUGCCUACCGUUGAUCUUGUAUUGGAUAGAGAUGAUGUUGUUUGGAAGAUUGAUGGGGCAAAUUCAAUGGUGAGGGUUGUGAACAAGAAAAAAGAGUUGGAUUUGUGGUGUUUGGGUUUCGUUGACGGUGGAGUGAAUAACAAAACUUCGAUUGUGAUUGGAGGGAAGCAACUUGAAGAGAAUCUUGUGCAGUUCGAUCUUGAAUCAAACAGAUUUGGAUUUAGUUCUUCACUUGCAUCUCGUUCUCUUUCAUGUGCUGACUUUAAGAUCGUUGACUUUGUCAAUGCAAGCACAUAG